AUGCAAAAUUUUUUGAGACCGCAAAAACAUUAUCUAUCUGCUACUUUAAUGACACAAAAAAUUAAACACUAUGGAGUAAUAAGUGAUAACAUUCUUCCAAAUGUUGAUUUUCAUAACUUACCCUUAAAAAAGGGAAAGUUGGUAACAUCGGAUAUUCGAGAAUGCUCAGAUGAUUAUAUUUGCCAACUCUAUAUGUUUUUAAAAAAUGUUGGAAUAAGAAUUACAGAAUCAUUUUUAUAUGGAAUAAGUGGUCCAAACAGGAAAACACUAAGGAUUCCAUUUUGUAAUGGAGUAAAAGCUAGCUCAUUCAACUAUUUUUUUUUUAAUAGCCCAAAUUUAGAGAUUGUUGAUUUAAGUAACUGUUAUCAGGUAAAUAAUAGAGUAAUCAAAUGCAUUAUUUCAAAUUGCAAAAAGUUAAAAGAACUGAAUAUUUGUGGAUGCAAAUUAGUAACUGACUCUGCUUUUAACACAGAGUUAUUUUCGCCGAUUGGAUCUUGUAUGACUAAUUUGAGGGUAUUAAAUUUUGAAGGUUGUUCUCAAAUAAUUGAUUUACAAAGCAUUAUUAAACGAACAAGGGAUUUAGAGGUAUUGAAUAUUUCUCAUUGUAGGAAUAUAACCAUUUCAACACUUGAAGAUGUAAUUCAAUGUUGUACAAAUUUAAAGGAGCUAGAUAUUUCAUCAUGUGAUGGGAUUAGUGAUAAUUACUACCAAUUUAAUUGUAUUACGAGCACGAAUAUUGAGAAAAUAUCAAUGUCAAGGUCAAAUUUAUCAAGCUCUACGCUCGAUAAGGUUAUUUCAUCUAUGGAGAAUCUCAAAUUUCUCAACUUAAAUUAUAGUGUUAAUGUGAAUGAUGAAAUAUUUAUUAAGAUAUCAUCAAAACUUGUGAAAUUGGUUAAUUUAUCUUUAAAGAGCUGUGCAAAUAUUUCUGAUAAAUCUUUUUAUUAUUUAGGAGAAAAUUUGAAAGAACUUGAACAUUUGGACAUCUCAUGGUGCCCAACAUUAACAUCCAGAUCGCUUAAAUAUCUUGCAUUGAGAUAUUCUAAAAAUAAUGUAAAAAAAUUAAAAACUCUCAAAUUAAGUCAAAAUACAAACUUGGGGAAUUUUUUUGAAACAGAUGAUCAUUUUACUGAGAUGCUUGACGUUUACAAAAAAAAAAUUCCCAAAUUAAAUUUAGAUAAUCAAUUUAAUUCUUCAUCUGAUGAAUUAAGUUUGAUUCCAAAAUCGAAUAAUACUCAGUCACAGCAAAAUUGCUUCUAUGAAUCUCGAACAAAUAUUUUACAAGAUGAAAUACUAGAAGAAUGUAUAACAAAAUUGAUAGAUCAUGCAAAUAUUAAAACUAAACUUGUUGGGGGUGGACUUACUCCUUUGUCUAUGUGCUUAUUAAUCAAAUACAAUUCUGAAACUCUAGUUGAUCUUGAAUUGGAAGGACUAAAGAAUGUUACUACGAGCGAUGUUUUGGAACAUAUUGGAAUGCUCUGUGCAAAUCUUAAGAAUUUGAGUAUCAGCAUUUUUGAAAAUGAUGAUUUUUGUAUUAGUUCCUUUGAUAAAAUUUGCAAAAAUUGUAUUAAUCUAAAUUCUCUUUCAUUAGACAUUUCAAAUAUUGAGUCGGAAUAUCACCAUUCAUCAAUAAUUUAUUGUAUUUCAAAUGAAGAUUCACUAUUAAAAGUAAAAGAACUAAGUAUUAUAAUGAAUCCUAAAAUUGGCAUUUCAGACGAAAACUUAGAUUCACUUUUUUCAUCAUGCAAAUUUCAACUUUCGAAAUUAAAAAUUAGAAAUUUCAGGGGGUUUUCAAAAAAAUAUAUAAUAGAAAACAAUUCAAAAUUUCAAAGUUUUUUUUCUAAUAUAAUAGAAAUCAGUUUAUCAGAAAAUGAUUAUGCAAAUGAUGAUGACAUCAUUUUCUUAUUGAAAUUGGUUAGGGCCCCAAGCUAUGUUGAGUUAAUCAACUUCAAUAAUACUUCAAUUGAUUUGCCCAAGUAUAUUUGGGAAAAUUUCCAAAGUAUUAAACGACUAAAUGUAUUCAAUAACAAAACUAAGGUAUUACUAGAAAGAUUCAAUUAG